GAGAGAGUGAGAGAGAGAGAGAGAGAGAGCAAGGGCAGAGGGAAAGAGAGUGAGUGACAAUGACAAUUGGUGUGCCAGGUCAUUUCCUUGUCAAACUCUUUUGAUGAAGCAAGAAUUUCAGUUCUGAAUCAAGAUAAAGGAAUACAAAAAAAGGAGAAUGAAGAAGACUUUUGUGUGCGAUGAUACAAUGAUCAUCACCAUUCCCAUCGGGAGUCUGAAGGACAGCAGCGACGGUCAGUUGAUGCCCGAGAAGUUUCACUGCGUGUACAAAGACUCCUACAAGGUGUUUGCCGCCAGAGGAAAACCUAAACCUCUUGGAGCAGCCCAAGUCAUCGCUGGAGUGUUUAUUCUCACUCUGGGUCUGAUACCCAAUCAAGGUCGAGAUCAAGCUCUGAUCAAGAUCUACACUCUGCCCAGUGUUUUGUUUGUUAUCUCAGGAUUGCUGUCCUAUGCUGCUGGACGAUCUCCAAACAUGCAUGUGACGAAACUGUCGUUCUCCAUGAACAUCAUCAGCCUCUUCUGGUCCAUUUCAGCAGUCGUGCUCUGUGCAAUCUGGCUUUAUAAUGAGACAGAUAGCUCACAGGGUUUCAAGCUCCUCCGGGGAAUCCUGUGCCUGAUCAUGACUCUGCUGGUUGUUGAGAACUUCCUCGCUCUGUUCUUGAUCUACUGGUUGAGUAAAGCUGUGUGCAGACAACAUUUCAACACAUUGCCAAUUGUACUGCUGAAACAGGGAGACUGAAUCUAAAUGGAGCCUAACACAUCAACAGCAAACAACCUAUUCACACAGCAGCUUACUUUUUAACCUCUCAAAACGGAGUCUGCAUAUGAACGCUAUCAUCACAUGGUUAUUGAUGGAUGUCCUGAUGUUCUACUUUCAAAUGACUCAUUGUAUCAAGAGCGAACGGCAACCAAAAAAUGUAUCUUAUAGCCUGAAACAAAGAAUGUUAGAUCAAACCACUUUUUUAAUGCAAUCAGCUGAUUACAUGUAAAUAGAUACAAAGUUUAUUUUAUAUUUGUCUGAAAAUAGAUCAAGGCUGCCUAUCUGAGUAUCAUAAUUUCAAUGCUUUGUCAUUUUUCUACUCUUUAUAAAAAACAAAAAACAAACUUUUUUUGAAGAAUAAAGGUUUUUUGUAAAUG